AUGGGCUCUACGUACAGCGUGCCCGGGGCUGCUUCGAUGCCAGCACUGAGUGUUCGCUUGGCCAUCGAGGUGCUCCGCCCAGCGCACGCGCGCACGCAGCCUGUCUCGGUUGGGGUUGUGUGUGGUCGUGCGCUCUCUUGUCGCGCCGAUAAAGACCUGGCGCAAGCUCGAUUCUCUCCCAUCCGGCCCCCUUUACCCUUCUCUCACACCUCUGCUGCCCUCGCAUGCCAUUUGCGCCGCCUAUCCUUUGCCGCCAGCGUAGCCAACCUCGCAGAGAGAGCCACCAUGCCUGUCGAACUGCGCAAACGCAAGGCACCGCAGCCACCGCCUGCCCCGGCGCCGGUUGCUAAGAAGGCCGCCAAGCCUGGCAGGCCGCCCAAGCCAAAGAAGCCAGAGCCCGCGGCCAAGAAGGAGGACGAGAAGCCCUCUGCUGCCGCCGCUGCUGCUCCUGCUGCCGCUGCUACGCCGUCGAGCAAAAAAGUUGCUGUUGGCCAGGUCAUUGACCUGGAUGGUUUCGGUGGAGAGAUCCAAACCAACGACGGCGAAACGACCACAUUGAAGAAGUUGCUCGAGGAGAGCGGAAGCGGCGUUGUCCUGUUCACCUACCCCAAGGCCUCAACUCCGGGAUGCACAACCCAAGUCUGCCUCUUUCGCGACUCUUACGCCCCUCUCACUGCCGACGGCCUCGCCAUCUAUGGCCUCAGUGCAGACUCGCCCAAGGCCAAUACCACGUUCAAGGAGAAGCAGAAGCUUCCCUACCCGCUGCUGUGUGAUCCGCAGGCAACUCUCAUCGCCGCCAUUGGGCUGAAGAAGCAGCCCAAGGGUACGCAGCGCGGUGUGUUUGUGGUUGACAAGAAGGGCAAGGUGCUUGUUGCCCAGCCGGGCAGUCCUGCCGGGACCGUGGAGAAGGUGAAGGCUUUGGUGGAGGAGUUGAAGAAGUAA